AUGGAAGAAGAAGAAACACAAGGAGAUGGAGGAAAGAAGAUUCGGAUACAUGUUGGGGGUUUGGGAGGGAGCGUGACGGAGGAGGAUCUGCAUCGGAUGUUUGGUGCAGGAGGAAACGUGGAGGGAGUAGACAUUGUCAGAACUAAAGGUCGAAGCUUUGCCUACGUCGACUUCCUGCCUUCCUCCGACAAGUCCCUCUCCAAGCUUUUUACCACGUACAAUGGGUGCUCGUGGAAGGGAGGGAAGCUGAGGCUCCACAAGGCUAAAGAACAUUAUCUUGUUCGUUUGAAACGAGAAUGGGCUGAAGAAGCUGCUCAACUUCCGCCGGCAGAUAUUAAGCCCAGCAAAUCUCUUCUUCCUUCGCAAGAAUCACGGACCAAGCAGCUUCGGAUUUUCUUUCCUGCACUAAGAACAGUAAAAGCUUUGCCCUUUACUGGAACUGGCAAACACAAAUACAGCUUCCAGCGUGUUCAAGUUCCUUCUCUCCCCGUCCAUUUCUGCGAUUGUGAAGAGCAUUCUGUCCCUUCUCACCUUGCUCCUCCUGCUCAUCAAAACAAAUUAUGUCCUGGGAUCAAUGAGCAAGAGCUUAAUAUGAUGAAUAAAGUAAUGGACAAGCUCUUCCAACAUGAAAAAAACGUUUCUGUUUCUGAUACUCAUCAAAGCAGGACUUGUGCACUGCCUAAUCGACCCCACCAUGAACUGCCUGUUGCUACUGCAGCAGAGGAAGAUAACCUCAUAAUUAAUAUUGUGUCAAGCAACCAGGAUGAGGAUAAAUUAUCAGAGCUUCAGGAAUUGAGAUCCAGUGGAACACAAACUUCAAAAGCAGAGGAACCAUCUGAAAAUGCGGUUAAAGCGCAGAAAGCUAGUAUUAAUGGACCUCCUAAGAAAAAGAGGAAAUCCCUUCUCGGUGAUUACAACAAUCAAAAUGAAUUUGAGGAUGCUAUUCCUGGCAGCAAGAAGAAUUUGCCAACCCAUUCAAAAGAGUCAGGAAAGUUCAUGGGAGCUCAACCGGAUCAACAAGAAUUAGGUGCUCAACAUGUUUCGUGGUCUCAGAAAUCUUCUUGGAAACAACUUGUUGGUCAUAGAGGCAGCAGUACGUUCAGUGUCUCACAUGUACUGACAGGCAUUGCUUCUUCUACUGACCAAGUGCAACCAAAAUCUGUUAGUUCAGAAGUGCCCCAUCUUGUUAGCAAAAAUCAGGACUUGGAAAGCAAUGGAAACUUGGAAGACCAGCUCUGUGAGGCGGAACUGGUGGACGGGUCUGGCAGUUCAGAAGUGGCCCAUUUUGAUAGCAAAAACCAGGGCUUGGAAGGCCAGCUCUGUGAGAUGGAACUGGUGGACGGGUGUGAACCUCAACCUACCAUGUCAAUUGCAGUUUCAAAUAAGUCAGGAAGAGGUGCUUCAUGGCGCCAGCAAUCCUCAUGGACACAAUUGGUUAGUGAUAAUGGUGCCAGUUCAUUCAGCAUAAAACAAAUUGUGCCAGGUAUCUCUUUUGAGGAGCAAUUCGUCCCAAAGCCAAAAAGUGCAGAUGCUGUAAGCUCCACUGACAGAAAGCAUAAGGAGAUAGUGCAACAGGAUAAAGAUAAUGAUAAUUUUACUAGUGGAUCUUCUUUAGGAAUUGGAAAGGGGCGUGAUGUUUUAAUAAGUAGUCCAGAAACUGUUGUAGACAAUGACGGUGCAUGUGCUCCAGAUGUUGAGAAAAAUUGUGAUUUAACACCAAAGCAAGUAUCUGCAGGAAAUGUUGAGAUAGGUGAAACUUGCUCAUUUAUGAGGAGUGCUUCUUCUUUGAAAGAAUGGACGAAAAUCAAGGCUGCUCUUAGUGGGUCGCUGAAAAGAAAGAAUAUUGAGAAUUAG